AUGUUCCCAGAGCGGCCUCAAAGUCAACUGAAGGUAGACGAGUCCGAUCGGGUCGAUUUCGACGAAGCCUUACUACCAGAAGAUAGCUGGGAAGGCGAGUUGGAUGAUGGUGAAUUCGAGGUGACAAAGAUUGUGGACGUCCGAUCGGGUCGAAAGACGCGUUACGGACGAGUACACCGUCAAUUUCUGGUUCAAUGGAAAGGUAAUAGCGAUCCAUCAUGGGUGGAUGAAGCAGACUUGAAUUGUGGCGCUCUAUUACAAGAAUUCGAUCGCGAUCGGAUAAGUCGAAAUAGGUUCGAAGUGAUGCAAACGCACGAAGAAGAGCCAGGAGUCUAG